GCGACAUGGGCUUCAUGAGACCAUGAGAAGGGUGAAAAGGGGCAGCAUCAGGUGCAGAAGGGAUCCCAAAGACAAGGAGGAGUGGCAGUUCUGCAUGGAGACCAUGACCAGCUACAGCCAGACAGAGAUGCAUCACAAGCAUGAGAUGUCUCAGGGUGGCAAGAGUGAGGCAGCGCAGUGGAUUCAAAUGAAGGGCAUGGCACUCUUGGAAAGUGGCCAGAACACAGAGGGGGAAGAUGCUUUGGCAGCCCUGCUCCCUGGCCAAGCUGUCAAGAAGAAUAAACAGAAUGCUCUUGCCCUCAUGGAUAAAGAUGACUCAGAGGAAGGGUCUGAAGGCAACAAGUCUUCUGGCUCUGGGGUGAAAAAGGAUGAACAUGAAGUUGAAGCAGAGCUGCUGAGUGAGGUUGGUGGCAAGAUGGGCAAGGAUGAGGCUUCCAAGAGGCCCAAAAAGAUGGCCUCACUGGUGAAGAAGGUGAAGAAAGACAUUGCCCCUGCCAAGGGCAAAGCUUUGGAAGGGACACUAUCCAAGCUGGAGAAGCUACCCCCCAAGAAGAGCAUCAGUCUUGAGAGCUGCAAAAAUGAACUCUUUGAAGGCCCCUCUCUCCAGGGCAUUGCUCUUGCUGCCACAAAGAGUGGUGCCACCUCUCCUGAUAUGCAAGAGUUGGCGAGCCUGGGCAACUAUGGCAGGAAUGGAAGCCACAUUGCUAGCCAGCUCAUUGCAAAGUAUUGCCAAGCAGACAACAUUACAUUGCCAGAACCGUAUUUCCCUGAAGUUCUUGUUUCUGUCAAGACGCCUGAAGAUUGGGUGCUUGGGCUGAAGCCAAUGGCACUGUUCUUGCCCCAUGAAUGGCUGCCCUGGCUUCUUGAACAGGAGCUGGCCAGUGGGUUCAGCCACCUUGAACAGUUCUGGGCAGAACAUGAUAUGGGAGAUCCAAAACUUGUGAACAAUCCAGCUGCUGAGGAAGACAUUAGCAA